GUCUGCCCUGGAAUGUUGAUGUUGCCUUUGGAUUUCCUUUUUUCUUUGUAGACAAAGCCUUCGCAUUUUUUUUUUGGAGACAAGCCUUUGCAUUUGCAUUUGCUGAGCAGCUGUUCUUUCUCUGUGUCACGAACAGGAGAGGAGGAAGCACCCGUCCCAGCUGCCAGACGGCCCAGCGCAGAGCCCACCUCGCUUGAUAUAAAGCCCAGCCGUACCAUCUUCGGCUCUCCUCCUCUCCCUCAAUCUCUCGAAUCGCGCGCCCUCUGCAACUGCCAGACGCACCCCCGCGGAGAAGAGGCGAGGUGCGCAGAGCAAGAAGCCAAGAAGAUGGCCGCCGCCCUCGACGGCGUCUCCUCCUGCGGCAGCAUCAACAUGCGCCGCGUCGACCACCUCCUCCCGCUCCCGCUCCCCUGCGUCGGCGAGUCGACCGCCGCCUCCCGCGUCUCGCUGGGCUCCUCCCCCGCCCGCUCCGACGCCUCCGAGGGCGCCGCCUCCUUCUACGCCGAGCCCCACCCGGAGGACCAGCCCGAGGCGUCCGCGGGGAGGAGCACGCAGAUGCUGCUCGCCAUGGCCGCCAUGGGCGGGCGCGGCGGCCCCUACGGCCGCCGCCCGGCGUCCUCCUACGGCAGCUGCGCCGCCUGGAGCGCCGGCUCCCUCACCGCGCACCGCCCGGCCUCCCCGUCGCCCAUAUGCAGCCCCGUCAGCAGCAAAGGCGGCGACGGCUGCCGGGGCGGCGGAGAGCGGCGCGACGAUGGCGACACGUCCUCCUUCGUCACGUCACAGCAGGAACAAGAGCAAGGGAGGUUACCAACGAGAGAAGAUUUCGCCAAGUGUUCUGCUACGCCACGAAACAUCCGACUACAGACUCCCAGGCACCCUUCUCUGCCGGACAGGAGAGCUAACGGAUCCAGUCGAGGGCCUCCAAAAUUCGUCCACAAGGCCACGCCAGCUAGAUUGAUGCGCCGAGCUCGCUCCUCACAUAACUACCAUGGGAAGCGCAUGGGAGCAAUUGAUGCUGUCAAUGAAUGGAGAUUGCCUAAAGUAAGUGAAGAGGCAGAUGAGGCAGUGGAUCAGAAGGACUGGCAGGAUGAUGCUAUGUCAUCUCGUGUAUCCUCAGCUCGUGAUUGGAACUUCGAGUCGGAUAGUGCCUAUGAGGGAAGCAAUCAUGAUGGUCGUGCUUUUGAGCAUUCAGAGGUCGAGGAUUGUGCAGCUGCAGUGCAAAGGAUGGAGAGACGGCUGCGGUGCCCUGCGAGGAAACAUGAGGAAAAUGCUGUCCACGCCAAGUUGGUUGCCUGGAAGGAUGCACAGAUUGCAAAGCUCAUAGAAAAGCUGAAUCAGAAAGAAGCCCAGAUCGAUAAAUGGCAGAAGAAUAAGAUUGCACAGGCCAGGCAUAAACUGACAAAAACUGAGAAGAAGUUGGAGAAGCAGAGAGCUGAAGCUGCAGUGAAGAUGCAAAAGGCGAUAGAAGAUGCAGAGAGGAGAGCUGAUAAGAAGAGAGUCAAGAAGCAGGCAGCCACCAACAGUCGGAUAGAUGGUGUCAAGAGAGCCCUGGAGGAGAUGUCUAGGACAGGAAGGCUACCCUGGACACUUGCUUUUCUGUGAUCCGGCUCUUGCUUGUGCUAGUUCCAGACAAGCCGAUUGGUAUAAGCUCCUACCAGUGCCAGCACAGCAAGACUAAAACUAACGAAAUCGACAGCGUCAAAUACUAAAGAAAGGACCAUAUACUGUAUAGAAUGGUGGUUUGCUGUCCUGUGAUGAUGGAAGAAGUUUUAGGUCAUGGAACACUUGGUCAGCAUUUGAACACAGAUUCUUAAACGUGACAUUAGUCUCCCCAUUGGAGAAGUGGAAAAUUCUGCACUGUUGGCUUGAUGAUUGUGGCAUUGGUUACAAGCAGUUUGGGUGUAUCCAAAUAAUUUGCAGGUACUAUACUGUUCUGAAAUUUAUUC